GCAAUAAUUACCCCGCUCUAUAGCUCGAACAGCUUGCUCCUGCAGUUCACUCUUAAAUCUCCGAUGUCCAAAAUAUUCAAACAGUUUUUCUGUUAAGUUUUCCAUGACGAGAAUUUAUUUCAAACGCACCGAUAUAACAGUUACAGGUGACAAUUGUAAACAAUGAGCAAGCGCAAAAAUCCUUCUGGCGCCGAUAAUUUAAAUGGUGAUUUCUGUGAUUUUCUCAUGGAACUUGCUGAUUAUGAGAAAAAUGUGAGCCGCAAUAUACACAAAUACAACGCUUACAGAAAGGCUGCCAGUGUUUUAGCUGCUCAUGGCAAGAGAAUCGAAACGGGGGACGAAGCAAAAAAGUUGAAUGGCAUCGGAGAAAAAAUUGCUAAAAAGAUUGAUGAAUUUCUCCAAACUGGGAAAUUGCAAAAACUUGAGAAUAUUCACCAAGAUGAAGAAGCACAGGCUAUAAACUUACUUACGAGGGUCUCUGGAAUCGGACCAGUGAAAGCUGCCGAACUGUUUAGAAGCGGAAUUAAGACUAUUGAAGAUCUAAGAAAUAAUCAAAAUAAAUUAAAUCAUCAUCAAAUUAUAGGUCUAAAAUAUUUAGAAGAUUUCGAGAAGAAGAUACCACGAGCAGAGAUCCAACAAAUUGAAAAGAAGUUGAAAGAUUUGAUUAAUAAUGUAGACCCGGAGUUUACUUUAACGAUUUGCGGUAGUUACAGACGCGGCAAGUCAGAAAGCGGUGAUAUUGACGCGCUGGUGACUCAUCCCUCUGUAAAGACUUCGGAAGUGAAGAAGAAACACGGAGAACAACUACUGAAGAACUUGGUGGCAGCAUUAGACGAACUGAACAUGGAAACCAUUUCUAUCGGCGAAACCAAGUUUAUGGGCGUGUGUCGGCUAUCAUCCGAACUGCCAGCGCGUCGGCUGGACAUCCGCCUCCUACCACCGGAGCAGUACCAGUGCGCGGUGCUUUACUUCACUGGCAGCGACGUGUUCAACAAGACCAUGCGCGCGCACGCACUCCAACACCGGUUCACACUCAACGAGUAUUCUUUGCGGCCGCUCGGGGUCACUGGUGUACCUGGAGAACCAGUGCCAAUAUCAUCUGAAGAAGAAAUCUUCGACUACAUCGAUUUCCCGUACAAGAAACCUGAAGAACGAAACAUGUAAAAUUUGAUGAGCAUGACACUGCGUAUUAUAAUAAAAACUUAUUUUUCA